CAGUCAGUAGUUUGGGAGCGUUUGUUUUUCUCUAAUUCGUGGAUUAUUUCUACCCGGUCGGGAUGCUGACUUUAUUAGUCGCACUUUUGUACCUGGUCAGCGGACGCACGGCGCGGACACAGGAUGCCACAGGUAGCCGUUUCGUUUGUAACGCCAUUCCCCCGGGCGCAGAGCCUGGCUGCGGAUACGGACCCACCGGGAACCGUGUCCAGAGCAGCACCCCCGUGGAGGACGAGCUGCGGAACACGAUCAUCCAGCUCCGGGAGACCAUCCUGCAGCAGAAGGAGACCAUCGUGAGCCAGCAGGGGACCAUCAAAGAGCUCAACUCCAAGCUGGCGCGCUGCGAGGCAGCAGCAGACGAGUCCACGCAGGGCAAGUCCCGGGGCCAGGGCUCCAGGCGGAAGGAGCUCGGUAAGAACACCAUGGGGGACCUGCCCCGGGACCCCAGCGAGACCAUCGACCAGCUGGGAAAGACCAUGCAGAGUCUGAAGGGUCGGCUGGAGAACUUGGAGCAGCAGAGUCUGCGUCUCCCCACCACAAAUGCAUCAGCCGGGGGAGUGGCGGCCCUGGCUCCCCUGCCACCAGAGCUGAGGGAGCUGCUGCGGCAGCGUCUGGGGGCGCUGGAGACGCAGCUCCUCCGGAAGGUGGCUGAGCUGGAGGAGGAGAAGAGCCAGCUCUACAACGAAACAGCGGCCCACCGCCAACGCACUGAGAGCACUCUCAAUUCCCUCCUGGAGAGGAUCACCGAGCUGGAGAAAAGUAACAGUGCCUUCAAGUCACCUGAGGACUUCAAGGUGUCCCUUCCUCUUCGUACCAACUACCUGUACGGACGAAUCAAAAAGAGCCUACCGGAGAUGUACGCCUUUACCGUCUGCAUGUGGCUCAAAUCCAGCGCCAGUCCAGGCAUAGGGACCCCGUUCUCUUAUGGCGUGCCAGGCCAGGCCAACGAGAUAGUCCUCAUCGAGUGGGGGAACAACCCUAUAGAGCUGCUAGUCAAUGACAAGGUGGCCCAGCUUCCUCUGUCGGUGAGUGACGGGCGCUGGCAUCACAUCUGCAUCACCUGGACGACCAGAGACGGCUUCUGGGAGGCCUACCAGGAUGGAGAGCGCCUAGGCACCGGGGAUAACCUGGCCCCUUGGCACCCAAUUAAACCUGGAGGGGUGAUCAUCCUGGGCCAGGAGCAGGACAUAGUCGGAGGUCGUUUUGAUGCCACCCAGGCCUUCGUGGGCGAGCUGAGUCAGUUCAACAUGUGGGACCGGGUGCUUCGGCCUGUGGACAUCGUGGGUCUGGCCAACUGCUCCGCGUACAUGCCAGGAAACGUGGUCCCUUGGAUUGACGCUAACGUGGAAGUGUUUGGAGGUGCGAGUAAAGCUGCUCUGGAGAUCUGCGAGGACCGAGCGUUUGAUUCCUAAAGGAUCUGAUGUGAGGAAAUCUAGUCUGGCUGCUGGGACUGCGCAGCUGCGUAUUCUGACUUUGUUUCUGCAGUGAAAACCCACGGGGAAGGGCAUGAGUGCUACAUCUUCACAUAUUUAUGCUCCGACUGCGUAGAUCCAAAGUGUUUAUUGGACUCACAUGUUGAUGCGUCCGUGCAGUUUGA